GAGUCCAUUCAAGAAAGUCUACUUUAACCCGGCUCAAGUGGGGCGUACACUUUUCUGUAGUCACGUUCACUGUGCUGUAGUCUUAUUUCUUAUCUAAUUUUCUAGCAAGGUAAUUUUAUUGUUAAAAAAAACUUGUUAGAUAGAUUAAAUAAAAUCUUCCGGCUGAAAAAUGCAGGUUUACACAAAGCAAGUAGUGGACUUUGUGGAUGAGCACCGUACUGCAUGCACGGCUGUCCUUGUUUCAGGUGUUGGUCUCUUUGCCCUGCGGAGAUGGAUGGCCGGUGGAGUCUGCCGAAGCAAAGCCCUCUUGGACGGAAAAACUGUUCUCAUAACAGGAGCCAACACUGGUAUCGGUAAAGAGACAGCGGUGGAUUUGGCCAGGAGAGGUGCCAAAGUGAUCUUGGCCUGCAGAGACAUGGGUAGAGCUAGCAAGGCAGCAGAGGAGAUCAAGAAGAGGAGCGGAAAUGAUAACAUUGUUGUGAGGAGUUUGGAUCUGGCCUCCUUGAAAUCUGUUAGAGCUCUAGCCAAAGAAAUACAGGAGACCGAAGACAGAUUGGACAUUCUGAUUAACAAUGCUGGGAUAAUGAUGUGCCCAAAGUGGCAGACAGAAGAUGGCUUUGAAAUGCAGUUUGGGGUGAACCACCUCGGCCAUUUUCUGCUUACCAACUUACUUCUGGACUUGUUAAAGAAAUCAACACCCAGUCGUGUUGUCAAUGUUUCCAGCCUGGCCCAUGAGACAGGCAAAAUUCAUUUUGACGAUAUAAAUAUGGACAAAAACUACAAUCCGCACACAAGCUAUCUGCAGAGCAAGCUUGCUAAUGUUCUGUUUAACAGUGAACUAGCGGUCAGGUUGAAAGGCACAGGAGUGACAACUUACGCCCUUCAUCCUGGGGUGAUCCGUACUGAACUGGGCCGACACUUCUUUUCUUCUCUGUGGAAAAGCAUUCUGUUUUUGCCCUUCACAUUUUUCAUCAAAACACCCUGGGAGGGUGCGCAGACCACCAUCUACUGUGCUGUGGAUGAGAGUCUAAAGGAUUCCAGUGGCCUUUAUUACAGUGACUGUGCACCCAAACUGGCAGCUCCUCAGGGUAGAGAUGAUGCAGCUCGCAGACUGUGGGACCUCAGCGCUUCCAUGGUGGGCCUGGCUUGAGACCAUGACUUGUCUAAUGAAUAUCACUUUGAUUUUUCACACUUUUUAAUUGCAUUCAAAACUAUAUUAGACAAAUCUGCUUAAUUUAAAUGAAGAACAAAGAGCCUGUGUGAUCAAGAAUGUUUUGAAUAAGAAUUUUUAAAUAUCAGAACGAAGUGCCUAUACAACAUGAUAUACCACAACAUAAAGCACUUUUUGAACCAUUGAUUCAUUAUUGACACAUUUGAUGCAUCAUGUGAAAAGAGUGUAACAUUGAGAUUAUGAUGUCACUUAGUGAGCAGUCUGUAUACAUUUAUAUGCAUUUUUCCAAAUUAUCAUAGAAUUUGGUUUCAAUGUAUUGUACCUAGUGAUUUUAAUAAAUAGUUUACUCUUACUGAGACUUUAUCAUCAUUUAGAUGUACAAAACUGACAUGAUGGUUAUACUCAUACUUAUGACAUAGAAUGGUCCUACUGUAGCUGUAUCUGGAACGAAAUUACAACAAUGAGUCGAGAAAGAAAAGAAAGUAAAAACAACGUAUAUAACUUAAGCUGAACUUACUGACAACUUUUAACUAUUAAAUUAUUGUCAUAAACAACUUAAAAUUAGUACAUGUCACCAACACACCCUGACCUGAGAUCCCAAAGGACACAAAGCUG